AAAAAAAAAAGUAACAAAAGAACAGCCAACCAAGUGGGUCCAACUCAACCCCCACGAGGCUGAGUCCUCGCCUCCUUCAGAAAGGGACAUGGCCUCCAACAGCAUCUUUGACUCCUUCCCCACCUACACCCCGACCUUCAUUCGUGACCCGAGCACCAGCCGCCGCUUCACACCUCCCUCCACGGCCUUCCCCUGCGGCGGCGGCGGCAAGAUGGGCGAGAACAGCGGCGCGCUGAGCGCGCAGGCGGCCGCGGGGCCCGGAGGACGCGCCCGGCCCGAGGUGCGCUCGAUGGUGGACGUGCUGGCGGACCACGCGGGCGAGCUCGUGCGCACCGACAGCCCCAACUUCCUCUGCUCCGUGCUGCCCUCGCACUGGCGCUGCAACAAGACGCUGCCCGUCGCCUUCAAGGUGGUGGCACUGGGGGAUGUGCCAGAUGGAACGGUGGUGACCGUGAUGGCCGGUAACGACGAGAACUACUCAGCUGAGCUGCGCAACGCCUCCGCGGUCAUGAAGAACCAGGUGGCCAGAUUCAACGACCUUCGCUUUGUGGGCCGCAGUGGACGAGGGAAGAGUUUCACACUUACCAUCACAGUGUUCACCAACCCCACUCAAGUGGCCACCUACCACCGAGCCAUCAAGGUCACUGUGGACGGACCCCGGGAGCCCCGACGGCACCGACAGAAACUGGAAGACCAGACCAAGACAUUCCCUGACCGCUUUGGGGACCUGCGCAUGCGGGUGACGCCGAGCACACCCAGCCCCCGUGGCUCACUCAGCACCACGGGCCACUUCAGCAGCCAGACCCAGACCCCAAUCCAAGGCUCUUCGGACCUGAACCCCUUCUCGGACCCCCGUCAGUUUGACCGCUCCUUCCCAGCGCUGCAAAGCCUCACCGAGAGCCGCUUCCCAGACCCCAGGAUGCAUUACCCAGGCGCCAUGUCGGCCGCCUUCCCCUACAGCGCCACGCCAUCGGGCACCAGCCUGGGCAGCCUGAGCGUGGCGGGCAUGCCGGCCAGCAGCCGCUUCCACCACACCUACCUCCCGCCGCCCUACCCCGGCGCCCCGCAGAGCCAGAGCGGGCCCUUCCAGGCCAACCCCGCGCCCUACCACCUCUUCUACGGGGCCUCCUCGGGCUCCUACCAGUUCUCCAUGGCCACCUCGGGCGGCGAGCGCUCACCCACCCGCAUGCUGACCUCCUGCCCCGGCGCUGCCACCUCGGUGGCCACCGGCAACCUCAUGAACCCCAGCCUGGGCCAGGCAGACGGCGUGGAGGCAGAUGGCAGCCACAGCAACUCACCCACAGCCCUGAGCACACCAGGCCGCAUAGACGAGGCUGUAUGGCGGCCCUACUGACCCACCAGGGCACUGAACAGACUUGGGCCUGGUCCCAGGGGCCAGAGCUGGCAGCGGCUCAGAGAGCAUCUGUCCAGCAGCAGCAUUGUACAGAGGGGGCCCCCCAGGGCACUGCCCCAGCCCAGACCCACAACCUCUCACCCAAUGGGUCUCCUGCCACCUCCCCAGACCCACUUGCGGCUCACCCAGGGCUCUCUCCUGGGUCAGAGGCUCCCUCCACUAAUGAGAAGGCCUUUGUCCCCAGGAUAAGCUCAGGGCCCAGAAGGGGUCCCUAGACCUCCACCUCCCUCACAUACUUCCACCUGAGGCUCAGACCUCCCUCUGCCCCUGAGAUGCUUCUCCUUACUGUAGAUAGAGGGAGGACCCGGGACACACCAGACCCCAACCUGGUUCCCCCCAUCCAAGAACUCUUGGUCCGUCCCAGCUGCCUGGGGAUUGAGGAUACUAGGCCCCUAAGCAAAGACAUCCCCAGCAGCAGGUCCCUAGAGCAGGAGCCUUAACUCCUCUGUGUGAAUUCCAGUCAGGAAGUCCAAGUUGGUUCUCUCCACCUUCACAGUCAGGGACAAGUGGGCCCUAGCAGAAGCCUUGAGAUGGAGGGUAUGGGGUGACCAGCAUCCCUGUCCUGCUAGGUCCAACCCAGCUGUGCCCUGCCCCUAGCCUUCUGACGUACAGCUUUUGCUCUCACUCUCACCUGUUUAUACCCAAGAAGCAAAUCUCAAAACCACAACCAGUUUUUAAAACUGAUUUUAGUACAAGCAGCUUCAUCAAACGUUUUCAGACAGGGUCUCCGACAUAAGCUCUGUGGUUUCAGACGCGCCCUGCCAGCUGCCUUCCGAGAAGGUAGCGUCAUCAGGGUCCUGCCACCUACAGAUGUCACAUUCCUCCACACAAGGGACCAAGGGAAGUGCCAAGAGCGCACAUCUGCGCCCAGGAGGCCUGGUGGGGUGGGGUGGGGGGGCGCAGAAGCACAUGCGUGUGAUGGCCAAAGCUACCUGUACACAGAGGUCAGUUGGGGCGGGAGGACGGGAAAGGGACAAGAGAGCUCUUGCCAGGGCUGGCCCGCAAGUGGUUUUUAUAUGGCUUGAGCCACAUCCUCUGUGACUGUGGAAAUCUCCCCCAUGCUGCUCCUCAGGGCCAGUCUCUGCUGCAGCACUUGGUCUCUGCCACCCACCCACCUCCUAGCCGCCACAUACGCCCUCCGGCAAGUUAGGAAGUCCCCGCGGGCUAUGCAGUCACGUCUGCCGCGGUUCCUCUUGUCCAGUGCUCUCGGGAGGAAGCACUCCCCACCUAGCAGCUCCUGACACCCAGAUGGCCUCCACGCUCCUCAGGAAGCAGAGACACCCACGGCACUCCUGCCUGCUUUGCUUCUGUGGUGGAGACUGGUUCGGGCCAAUAAGGGAGGUACCUUUGGAGUGCCCAGUGCCCAGCACUGGCAUAGCCCCACCCCAGAUAACUGCCCGUCCUGAUAACCCAAACCCUGGUGGGGCUAGGAAGUAAACUUCCCCUCCCUCUUCCUCCCCCGCUGACAAAGUAAUGGCCGAGUCUGUUGGUUCCAUGGUGGGUACAGACAGCCUGGGCUGGUAGAAAAUGGGUCCUUAUUUGCAAGGCUGCUUUAAAGCUGUGCUGCCUGGAAGCUCCGAGGGACGAGAACGCACAGGAAAGCUGAAGGGUCGUGAUGCGAUGUUACUGUAAGUGUGGGUGGAGGGUCCUGCGCCUUUGACAUACUGUCCCUGGGGUGUCAGUGCCCAUCCUAUGCAGGUCUUCCUGAAACCAUCCCAGAGCUGAGGUGGGCAGGGGAGGGACUGCUUUGCACUAUCGUUUGCUUGGUGUGUUUGUUUUUCAUGCACAACUUGCUUGUACAGUAAACUGCCCGUCUUGGGAACUAUUUAACUGUAAAAUGGAAAUUGUAUUUGUUACAAUAAUAUAACGUGUUGAAGGA